UGGCGCGUGCGCAUUGUAAAACCCAUGUGCUGUAUUCGAAGAAGUGGUCUGUUUUCGACCUCGUGCAUGAACAAGCUAUAAUUUAGUCGGCAAUGGGUUUUUUAAUCAUAUGCGAAUAACUGCGUAUUUUUUCAUUUCAAAACAAUUAACCUUGCCCUUCCUCUGGACUUUAUUUUCAUAUUUAAGCGGUAAUAAAUCAAGAUAUGUGUUGCCUUGUGAAUGUUCUUGUCCGUUGAUGCCUUUCCACUGUGUGUGAUUUUUCAUGUGGCAAAGUGUAUACAGCUCUAAAUUUCCAUAUCGAUCACACUGUUUAAGGUUCUAAAUAUGAUGGUCAGUCUUGCAUCAAAGGACAACUACCUUCAGAAGUUAGGGAGUAAAGUAUGUGCCUCACAGAACCAAGAACCACGGAAAAGACCCUUUGUUCCAUUUCGGCAUGGAGGUGAGGCAGGUGUGCCAAAGAAGAAAAAGAGGAAACAACCAAAACAUACUGGAGGGAAACACUUAAACGUGAAAGACAAGAAACCACCAGUGAAGACUGAUCUGAAGCCAACCAGCCAUCCAAUACAGACAGCAGCCACUGGUGCUGCAGUAAAUGUGGUAAAGGCUAAUGUUCAGAAUGGAGUGGCUCUCAAGCAGCCUCAGGGGCAAAAAGGUGUGAAAUCUAUUGGUAGUUCCUUUUCUGCCGUGGAUAUUCUGCGUAACAGACUGCAUGAAAAGAUAGAAGAAACCCGUGGCCAUGGUAACCUCAAGGGCCUAUCAUCAGAGGAAGUUGAGAAGAAGCGGGAAAAACGGAAGCAGGAAAGGGAACGAAAGAAGAGAAAGAGAAAAGAGUUUCGGAUGAAGAAGCUCGCCAUGAAAGUGGAGGAGGGCGUUGCAACCGAGAAUGUAGCUGAAACUCCAGAUAUUUCUGUUGGAUCACAGAUGGCAGAGAAAGGAAAGUCCACUAUGGUCUUCAACAAGUUGGAGGUGGGAGAAGGGUAUGCAGAGAAGGUUCAACUGAAGAAGGAGAAGAAGAAGAAAGUGAAAGGAAAUUUGACCCCACUGACUGGGAAAAACUACAAGCAGCUUCUCAGCCGCGUGGAGGCACGCAAGGCAAAGUUAGAGGAGCUGAGGGCCAAAGACGAAGGCAAGGCCAAGGAAGUGGAGGAGAAGAUGAAAUGGACCAAUGUUCUGUAUAAGGCCGAGGGCUUGAAGAUUAAGGACAAUGAGGACCUGCUGCGUGCCUCCCUUAAAAGGAAAGAGAAAAUGCGCUCUCAGAGAAAAAAGCGCUGGGAGCAGCGAAGCGUAAAUAUCCUGGAGAAAAUGCAGCACAAACAGGACAAGAGACGCAAGAACAUCCAGAAACAGAAGCAUGGGAAAAUGGAGAAGCGUAAGGAGAAGGCCCGGAAAAAGGGCCGUGUCCUGCCAGAAGAUUUAAAGAAGGCCUAACUCCAUGUGAAUGCACCGUACUCUGAAUCCAAGAUGAGCUGGACAUUCACUUAACCCAGACCUAGGCACCUAUGUAGCCUUCAAAAAAGUGCAUUUUUAAGGUGCAACCAUUUGUGACCUAACUGACCUAUACAAGGAGUAGAAUCUCAUGCUUCUUCUGUAACAUAGUGUUAUUAACAAUCUAGACAUUUUCAUGGAAAAUGUAAGGUCUGAUGGCUCCGGAUUCUAUUUCCAGUGUGCAUGGAGUGUCUGAUAAUUUUACUGAUUCUGUAGGCUAAUGACAUUUGUUGUGUACAAAUUUUGACUUUAAGUAUACAAACUACCAAAUAACUUGUUCAUAAAAGUGAUGUGGAAGAUGUGUUUUGUAUAUGAAGGUGGAAGGAUACAUUUAUUUCUUCAUAAAAAUAUAAUGAUUUGUUUAUGUC